AUGGCACCCAUGGUGACUCCCAAGCUCCAUGUAAUCACGCACAAAGGGCAAAUUUUUACAUCCUUAAAUGUGUCCUCGCUUCCUGCCACGAUCCCUCCUAUCCCUCGACCCUGGAAUCCCAUACUCGAAUCCGAUUCUUCAUCCGACAGCAUCAAAGAUGCAUUGACCACUCAGUGGGCUUACGAGACACGCCCAUGGUUUCCCCUUAUUGCGGCAUGCCCUAAUUUUGAUGGAGCUGUCUUUGCAUGCCUCAAUCAUUUGCUCUACUCUUUGCCCAUAGAGUCUACACCCGAUGGCUGCUAUAUCUUGCGUGGAGAUGUUUGUAAACAUGCAUUUUCCUUGGUGUGGCCAAGCCCCCAGACCUCUCAAAGACUAUGGGUACCUGAGGUCCCAUGCCGAUGCGAGGUUGGCAAAGAAGGUCGCUCUGAGAUCUCGCGACAUAUUCUUAGGGAUUUCAGCUCUCUGCACAUACUUCAUUAUGGCACGCCGGUAUCGACCCCAUAA